AUGAUUAUAAGAGAAACUCACCUAAAGCAAAAACACGCCGGAAUACAAACUACUCUAUACGCAAUCAGACAAAGAUAUUGGAUAUUAGACGGUCGUAACCAAGUACGUAAGAUCUUGCGUGCAUGUAUCCGUUGCUUUCGUUUCAGAGUUAAUGAAAUACAAUAUAUGAUGGCCAAACUUCCAAAGUCUCGUGUUAAUGUUUCUCGACCUUUUGAAAACGUUGGAAUGGAUUUUUGUGGACCAUUUCACAUUAAAGAAAAGAAAUAUCGUAAUCGCGCAUUUAUAAAGGUCUAUGUAUGUGUUUUCAUAUGUAUGUCGGUAAAGGCUGUGCAUUUAGAGGUCGUGGGCGAUAUGACAACAGAUGGUUUUUUAGCAGCAUUUAGACGGUUUAUUUCUAGGCGGGGCGUUCCCAAAAAUUGUUUCUCCGACAAUGGACUGAACUUCGUCGGUGCGAAAAACGACCUCGAAGAACUUUAUAAUCUGUUGAAUUCUGACGAACACAAAACUGAGAUCGAACAUUUUUCCAUUGAUCACAAGAUCAAGUGGAAUUUCAUUCCUCCGCUCGCACCACACUUCGGUGGAUUAUGGGAAUCAACAGUAAAACAAUUUAAACAUCAUUUUAAACGUGUCGCUGGAAAUCUAACAUUGAAUUUCGAGGAAUUGAAUACACUUGUCACAGAAAUAGAAGCGAUAUUAAAUUCCCGACCCCUCACCCCUUUAUCCUCCGAUCCUAACGAUAUAGUCGUGCUUUCUCCUGCACAUUGCUUGAUCGGCCAACCCAUGACAAAAUUGCCUGAAAGCGAUUGGACCACUACGCCUUCCAAUCGGUUGUCCGUAUGGCAACACAUAACGAAGGUACGACAACAUUUCUGGCAACGCUGGCGGUUGGAAUAUUUAAAUGAGCUUCAACAACGUCAGAAAUGGACCAAAGGUGGCUCAAACCUGGAAGUGGGCACCCUUGUGCUUUUGAAGGAUCGCAACGCGCCUUGUAUGCAGUGGCCUAUGGGACGCGUGACUGAGAUUCAUCCUGGCGACGACGGAAUCGUACGCACAGCCACAGUUAAAACAGCUACUGGAGAAUCUAAAAGAUCCGUUAAAUUGUUGUCUGUGUUGCCAAUUGAGAAAGACUCUGAUUAG